AACUUCUCUCCAGUUUACUAUGUGUCCAUCAUGGGCACUGGUGCUUCUUCCAAUAUCUUGUACAACUUCCCCUAUCCAGCCCAUUGGCUUCAGGUAUGUGGUUGGAUAAUGUUCAGCAUUGCUGUACUUUUGUUGAUAUCCACUUCCUUUAUGACACUAGCUGGUUUUUACUACCAUCCUAAGAGAAUAGUACUGUACCACACAGAUCCCAAUGACGCAGUGUAUAUGGGCUGCUAUGUUAUGGGAUAUAUCACCAUCAUUAACUUCGUUCAUUUGGUUUUAGGAACUCGCCAUAUUGCAUUUGUAUGGGCUCUUUGGUGGAUCGCCAUUUUCAUGGCAGUAUACACUGCUUCUAUAAUUGUAUUUCUUUCCAUUUUUUCUAAGCUCAACAAGAACUACGAUCCACAGGAAGUCACUGCCAUAUUUUUGUUGCCCAUCGUGACUCUCACAGUGGCUUCCUCUAAUGGACAUUUGCUCACACCAACCUUGCCGACCUUACAGCAGCAGAUUAUUACCGAGCUCGUCAGUCUCAUGAUCUGGAUGAUUUCCAUAGCCCUUGCAUUUAUUGUCAUAACCAUCUACUUUGCACGGUUAAUCAUUUACAAAAUCCCCACUACGGAUAUGAUAUUUUCCAGCUGGUUACCUGUGGGAUUCUUGGGCCAGAGUAGUUAUAGCAUCUUGCUCUUCGGAGUGAACAUGUUCAAGUUGAUCCCAGAUCCCUACCUCGGCCAUUCAUUCCUCGUCACGUCAGCUCUUGUUGCUUUAUUUCUCAUGUCAUUUGGCUACUUCAUGGUAUUCAUAGCCGUAAGUUCACUUCUUUCUAAAACCAAGCCCUUCGCUAAAAAUCCCAAUACUGCCUACACUACUACUUUUGGGACCAUACGUUGGAGUAAAUAUUGGUGGGCGGUGACUUUCCCCUGUGGUACCAUGUCGUUGUCAAACCUCGAAAUCUCGAAAGGGUUCGUGGGAAACUAUGAAUUGCCUUUUUUCAGAGUUAUGAGCUGCAUUUUUGCUUUAGGAAUGUUGACUAUCACGGUCACAUGCUUGGUUGGAAUCGUUAUUUAUAUCGUCAAACGUGUUGCAAGACUCUUUGACAAACUAGACCAUAAAUCUAUAGUAUAA